CACCUCCACAUUCUACCCCUCGUCUGGCAGCUAUGUCGUCUACCACUAUCAUCGAUGCUUCCGAGCAUCCCUUGACUUCUGUCACCAUCUUCAAGUCUCGUAAGGCUGAGAUCGUGCGCUCGUUCAAGUUGUCUUUCCAGAAAGGCCAGAACAAGGUCGAGAUCCGUAACCUUUCAGGAUCCAUUGAUAGUGAAUCUGCUCGCAUCAUUGGCCUCCGAAGCGACCUCCAGCUGUUCGACGUCGUCUGCACGAACUCAUCCCCCGCCUCGAAACCGCUCUUCGGCGCCGGCUCUGUCUCUGUCCCUGAACCGAUUCGUCUCCUCGAAGCCAAGAAAGCGGCCCUCGUCGCGGAGAAGAAAGCUAUCACCUCGGCGAAUUUUGUGCUCGAAAAUUACUCGAAGACGCUCAAGAGCGACGACGUCACUCCAGAGCAGGCGGACAACUUUUUGGACACCUAUGUGAGGCGGGCCAGGAAACUUGUCAAGGAGGGCGCAGAGAUCGAGGAGCAGAUUUUGGAGAUUGAGAAGGCGAUUACGAAAGAGCGAGAGGAAAGGGACAAGAAGAAGGGCAGUACGGCCGGGAUGGUGAGCGUCGUGGUCAUGGCGAAGAGGGAGAUGGAGGCAGAGUUCAAAUUGACGUAUAUCGUGCACGGUGCAUCCUGGGCUCCAAGCUACGAACUUCACGCCGCAACGGAAUCCGGCAAGCCUUCCUCCUCGGUGUCUCUCCACUACCGCGCCACCAUCAAACAGGGUACCGGUGAAGACUGGAACGGCGUGGCCCUUACGCUCUCUACGGCCUCUAUGGAUCAGGCGGACCAACAAGUCCCUAGUAUCCAAGCCUUACGCAUCCGGCCUCCGACCUCUGGGUCUGGUCAGCCAGUGUACCAGCAGCAGGCCAUGCAGCUGCAACAGAUGCAACAGCAGAGGGCGCCCCCUCAAUUUGGCCUUGCUAUCAGAGAACGGGACCGGGAAAGCACCGCGAAUGGACCUCCCACUGCGAGCGGUCUAUUUGGCGGAGGGAGGGGCGGCUUUGGCAGAGGUAGGGGCGGAUUCGGCGGAGGGGCUUUGUUUGGAUCCGCUCCUUCUGUACCAGGUGCUCCUCCACCACAGGCGGCCCCGCCUGCGCCCACAACGGCCACCCAAAAGGAAGAAGGGUGGACAAAGCCCGAGUCCUGGUCCUUGGCUGAGGACGAGGCUGAGGAACCCUUGAGCGACAGUGACAGUGAGUCAACCCAGGCGAUGGCACCCGGCACUUUAAUCAAUGAGAGUCCCCUGUCGAUCUCAUAUACCGUGGAGGGCCAGUCGAGCAUACCGACGGAUGGAGUGGCGCACAAGGUCUCUGUGGCCGAGUUGAAGUUCGAAGCGAAAGUCAUGCAUAUUGCGGUUCCUCGCGUUCGCGCACAAGCCUAUUUGCAGGCGCAAGUCAAAAAUACGAGUGAUUAUAGGCUGUUGCCGGGCCCAGUCACCAUUCUCAUGAACGACAGCUACGUUUCGAAGACCUCCAUCCAGGACAUCGCCCCAGGGGACUCGUUCGACUGUACCUUCGGCCCUGAUACCUCCACCAUAAUCAGCUACACCCGUAAUGUCAAGCGUACUACCGCAGCCGCGAGCGCCUUCACCGAGCAAUACACAACCACGACCUUCGUCUCUGUCAUCAAGGUGCACAACCGACACGCCUUUGCGAUUGAUCAGAUCAUCUUGCGAGAUGCAUUGGCGGUUUCGGACGACGAGAAGAAAGUCAAGGUGUUGCUCAAGAGACCGACGUCGUUGUUAUCAAUGUCUGAGCUCGAGGGUGCAGAGGACAGCGAUGACGUGAGUAAGGACGCAGAGACGAAGGGCAAAGCUGUUGAGGGGCGGCAGAACUGCGUGGCCAAAUGGCAAGAAGCGAAGGGCGGGAAGGGCGGAAGGAAAGAUGGUUUGUUUGAGUGGAUCUGUGAGGACAUAGAGGCUGGAAAGGAAGUCAGUGUCGAGACCGAGUGGGACGUAAGGGCACCAGCGGACGUGAAGUGGAUGGAAGUUCAGGCUUGAGCUUCAAGUUCUGCAUUACGCUUUGUUUCAAGAAAUAUGUAUGCCUUAGGAUGUAGUAUGUAUCGGUCGCAGUGUCGGGGUACGAGUGUACUUUUUUGUUUGUCGCAACCUUUAGUAUGUAUGAAUGAGCAAUUGUAAUUGUAGCGC